GCCCUGCAGGAUCUGCCUGCACGCUGAUCCGAGUCGGGACGCACCGUCCAGCUGCACCAUGAGCGACCACGCCGCGCCCCCCAUCUUCGCGCCCGGCGAGAACUGCAGCCCCGCGUGGCAGGCGGCGCCCGCGGCCUACGACGCGGCGGACACGCACCUGCGCAUCCUGGGCAAGCCGGUGAUGGAGCGCUGGGAGGCCCCCUACAUGCACUCGCUGGCGGCCGCCGCCACCUCCCGAGGGGGCCGUGUCCUGGAGGUGGGCUUCGGCAUGGCCAUCGCAGCCUCCAAGGUGCAGGAGGCCCCCAUCCAGGAGCACUGGAUCAUCGAGUGCAAUGAUGGCGUCUUCCAGCGGCUCCAGGACUGGGCCCGGCAGCAGCCACACAAGGUCAUCCCCUUGAAAGGCCUGUGGGAGGAGGUGGCACCCACCCUGCCAGACAGUCACUUUGAUGAACCACGCCUUUCGCCUGCUCAAGCCAGGGGGCGUCCUCACCUACUGCAACCUGACCUCCUGGGGGGAGCUGAUGAAGUCCAAGUACUCGGACAUCACCACCAUGUUCCAGGGCCCUCCCUCUGGCCCCCUGUACCCAGGAUGUGCCCUCACUGGCUGAGCUGUGCCUCUCCCAGAGACUCUGCAGACCCUGCCCUCUGCCCAGCAAGGAGACUCAAGUGCCUGCACUGCUGGAUGCAGGCUUCCGGAGGGAGAACAUCCGCACGGAGGUGAUGGCACUGGUACCGCCGGCCGACUGCCGCUACUACACCUUCCCUGAGAUGAUCACGCCACUGGUCACCAAGCACUAAGCCCACCACCCUGGGGUCUCUGGAGUUCUGGACAACCCCCUGCCGCCCCCACUCAGUACCUUGGUGGACAGGCAGCCAGGCCCUGACCUCUUGCAGCCCCCAGGCCGUGUCACUGCAGGGAAGGCUGCCGCCACCCUCCUGGGGCCUCAAGGGUGAAAUAAAUGCUGCCGCUGGGCGUGGCCCAUCA